GACUCUGCAGGGUAAAGUCACAGAAAGCUUACAAGUUAAAUUGUGCUCUUCAAGGCUGUUGAAAUCAUCUUUUCUUCAACAUUUUAGUCAUUUGACAGCGCUACCCUCUCUACAGCUGAGGUAAAGGUAAUUUGAUUUUGUCUUACAUUGGUCAUGAUAUUCAAACACUCAAGUUUUAUCACCUUACUUAAGUCCUGGUAAAGUCAAUACAAAAGUGUUCAGGGGGAAAAUCUUUGAAAAGGGAUGUGACACUUAAGCUGCGUAAGAAGCUCAUGUUACUGUCAUAUUUUCUCAAGGCUCCAGUUAAUGUAGUAUGCGAAAAUGGCUGUUGAGUACCAUGCCUCUACACUGACAAACUUGGAAACUGACGACAGCAAAAUUCAGUAUGAGAAACUCACUGCGGAUGGCAACACGUUUAAGUUUCCAGGUAAGAAAAAAUAAGACUUCAUUUCAAAACUAUUUUUGGAAAAUGUCACUGCUACUACCACAAAUUCUGCUUAUACUAAUAACAAUACUUUCAAUAACACAAUUGGGAAAAAAAAUCAUAGAUGUCGGUCUUGUGAUGAAGAACCUUUGAGUUUAAAGCUCUUAUAAAGAGUUGUCAGACUUCUACGAAAUAUGCAAAAAUUUGCACUGAUAUCUUUUUACAAUAUGAAAAAGCUGACACAAGCAUGAUUGAGGAUUUUUUUAAUACUUAUUUUUAAUGGCUUAUACCAGUGUCAGUCGAGAAGCUGAAGAAACAGCUCUGUUUUGACAGUUCAACAUAAAAUGCUUACACUGAAAGACAAAUUUGACUGUCAAAAGUCAGCAAGAUGAGUUUUUUUGUCAGGAGAUAUUACUCAUGCACGAAGAGGAAAGGACUGCUUUGUCCACAGGAGCCCCUCGUUGACAAGCUAGAAGUCUCUCUCAGGAGCUUUGGGAAAAUCCUGAUGUUAAAUCUGUGAAAUGAGUUUUAAACAAAAAAAAAAGAAGAUAGGGCCACAAUUUUGUCAUGAUUUGAAGUCCUGUUGCCGAUGUUGUUUGAAGACAACAAAAAGGAUCAUCAAAUAAAAACUAACGCCAUUUGCUCGAAACGGUCAACUAUUUUGCAACAUCAUCAUUAAUUUCAAGCCUUAUUUCCAGUUUUCUUGUCAUCAGUUCAUGCUCUGAGGAACAGCCCUUUCCGGGUUGCGACACUCUUCCUCAGCCUGCUGUGUCUUCUCCUGUUGCUUGGGGUCAUAGGUCAAAGUGUUCACUGUGAGUCCACCCUGUCUGUUUUUUCUGUAAAACGUUCAGAUGCUUUAAAAUGUGUUACCAUGAAUUAAAUGUUUCUGUCUUCUUUUACAGAUCAAAAAGUACAACAAGACAAUCAGAACAAACUAACAGCCCUAAAUAAAAACAAGGAGGAUCUCCAGGAGAGACUGAACACAGAGCAAAAAGAGGGAAAGGAUAUUGCAACCAAUUGCGAGCAGUUAAUGAAUACAGGUUCUCAAUUAAAUAGAAAAAGAGACAUGCUGUAUACCAACAGAUAUACACUGACUGAACAAUUAAGAGAUCUCAGACUCAGUGAAGGGCAGUUACAGGCCAGCCAAGAUACUUUAGAGAAAGAGAAGGCACAGCUGAAAGCCAGUACAGACCAGUUACAGAGUGUUAACAACACCCUGACAAAAGAGAGAGACCUCCAACAACAACAAUAUGUAGCAGAUCUCCAACAGAAAAACGACUUAUAUGCUAGUUACGACUCUGUGACCAAAGAAAGAGACAACUUGCAGAAUAAAUUCAAUAAUGCAAGCAGGUCAAAAGAUGAGCUGCAAAAGAAAUACAUGAAACUUGUAAAGGAUUUAGAAAAACUGCAAGAAAGACACAACUUCUCUUCCUAUGAAAAAGAGAAGCUAGAGGGCAGUCAGAAGAACCUGGUGAACGAGAUACUCCAGCUGAAGAGUAAACUUGACGCACUUACUAUCAGAGAAAAAGCUUUGCACCAAAAUUUUUCAACGGCCAUGUCACCUUCUCGUGAGCCGGCAUGUGAUUUGCAAAGUGAAGAAAGAGAAAAGGAAAAGGUGCAGAAAAUAAAUGACGACCUGACUGAUGAAAGAGACAUGCUGCAGGGGGAAGUUCAGAGACUGAAUGCAACCAUUAACGGUAAGCAAAAACUGUUUUAGACACCGCUGCGAGGCAAAUGUUGAGCAUUUGACAGGUUAGAAGGUUUAUCUUUUCAAAUCUUAUCAAAUUUUGGUGUUGGUUUUAAUAAACAGAAUAAAAACCAUCUAUAUAACUGUAUGGCAAGCACAUCAACAGCUGGUAACAGUACAGAUGACAGUGCAGCUACAAGGUGACUGAAAGGUUAAGUCAGUUAUAGACUCAGAUUACUAUGGCAGCUGUGAUUCUUGAGUAGAGUGGGUUAACCCCAAUCAAAUGUAAGGUUUGUGGUUCAAUUCCCAACUCCUCUUGUCAAAGAAUCAAAGGAGGCAAAGGUCUCACAGGCAAAGCCUUCAAAGUAAAUGAAUGUGUGUUGAUGACUGGCUAAUUAGUUGUCUUUAGUGGCUCCUGACUCCAUAAGCACAGUCCUGUUAAAAGGAUUUUGUAAAAAAAAUAUGAAGAGAAAAGUUAGAAGUAAACACUGAUGAAUGAAAGGCAAAUCAAUUAAAAGUUUAAAAAUAUAUAAUUCAGUUGUCCUAAACACAUCUGUCUCAAAGUUUGGUUACUGAUCAAGAGUUUUCUUCCAUUUUCAGGGAAGACAUGUCAAACUGGCUGGAGGAAAUUUCAAUACAGUUGUUACUUUCUCUCUACUGUCAAGAAAAACUGGAAUGCUGCCAGAGAGAGCUGCCAAAUCAUGGGAGCAGAGCUGGCCAUCAUAACGCGCAGAGAAGAAAUGGUUUGUUUUCACAUCUGAUUAUAUCUAUGUGUUUUGUGAAAGAGAGUGAUCACCAAUUUCUAUCCAAGCACGAUCAGUUUCAUGUUAGUUAACUUUGUGAGUUUAAGCUUUGAUUGAUAUUUUCAUAUGGUGUAGAAAAUAAAUGGGUGUGAUGUAAGGAGGUUUGCUAAUUUUCAUCUAACUCAGCAGUUUCCCUUAUUUUCAAGAAGCUGCAAACACACAGUUGGGUUUCAGUUCCCCUAAACUAAAGGGAAGUUUAUAAACACAAAAAGGAGCCAAAGCCAUCCCCAAAUUAAAUAAACAUGCACUGCUGGAUAAGACGACUAUUGCACAUCAUUCUUGGUUUUAACAGUAUCAAAGCAGGACUCCCUGUGAAAAACAUUAUGCCUCAAUGCAGGGUUACUUUUACCCAACAGUACAUGCUUUUUCCUUGUUUUGUUUUUUUUUCUUCAUUUGGGUAACUACUGUGUCCACUAUAAAACCACAAUGAUGUACAAAUAUAUAUUUUAAACAUAAACCUAAUUCAACCCAUUGUUUAAGUCCAGUUUUAACCUUAAAUGACUUGAGCAAUAAUGCCACUUCACAUUUCCCUGAAUGUAAAAUACAGUGACUUCAUUUGCAGAAAAUCAUUUUGAACUGUGUGUCAUUUCUCUUGUAGAGAUUUGUCAAUAAUUGGGUUACAAAGAACCAAGAACCAUGGAUCGGCCUGAGUGAUAGAGGAGUAGAGGGGCAAUGGGAAUGGGUGGACGGGACACCACUGACCACAACGUAAGAAAAAACCCUCCUAUUUCCUAAAGUCAAAGGCUGGGCAUUGAUGAUCCAUGUUGAUUGUCAUGUUGUAUUUUUCUCCUUUCCCCUGAAGGUUCUGGGGUACGGGCCAGCCUAACGGCCACACAGGGACGAACCAGGACUGUGUUGAAUUCUGGCGCAAAGCAUUACAAAUGGGAGAAUGGAAUGAUGAGAAGUGUAGCAUAGUUCAGACUUUUCUCUGUGAAAUAUAAUUGAUUGCAUAAGUAAGGCUUUAAGUUUUGCUUCUACUGGCACAAAUGAAAGGAUGCUGUAAAGAUUUAUGUAGCUCUUCACAGUGCAUUGACAAACUUAUGCUACUAUUAAUGUAAAACAUAGUAUUGCUUGCAGCUUGAAUAUGAAAUAUGUACUGAUUUGUGAUUACAUAUUGAUGUUGAAAUGACCAUACUUAUGAAAAAAAAUGAUAAAAAAGAAAACAAUCUUACAGAGAUGCAGCUGUAUAACCAGUAAUUUGUUUCCAAUAACCUAUGCUAGCCUGCGUUAGCAUGUGCAGAAUGUGAAAAUAAAGGCUUUUCAGUGAUAUUACAA